GGGCGCCCCGACCCGCGCCCCGCCACCCGCGGGCACCGUCGCCAGGCCAGGCCGCCCGCGCGGACCGUCGCACCGAGCGGACCCCGGUGGAUCGAUCUCUCAUCCAUUAUCCCCCCCAACUGCACCGUGAGCUCUGCAAGGACUGAAGACCUGUGCGUCGUGGGCCACAACAGCACCUGCAACAGCUCUUUGCACAUGGUCUGCCGCAGCAUCCCCCAUGGGACUCGGUAUGGUGAGCACUUAGGGGACCCCGAGCAUGCAGGAAGGCAGGUGGCGUGGAACAUGCCUCCACCGCUCAGUGCUUCUGCUGCCGAAGGCCUGCACCUACCUGUGCCCAUGGCCUGCGCGGACCUGUCGCUCUCCAGCGCCUUUGACAUUCUAGGUGCCGCAGGCCAGGACAAGCUCUUGCGUCUUAAGCACAAGCUAAAGACCCUGCGCCUGGGCUGCCGGGGGGCAGACCUCCUGCACGCCAUGGUGCUCCUGAAGCUGGGCCGGGAGACGGAGGCCAGGAUCUCCCUGGAAGCACUGAAGGCGGACGCGGUGGCCCGGCUUGUGGCGCACCAGUGGGCCGGCAUGGAUGGUGCCGAGGCCCCCGAGGAGCCACCAGACUUGUCCUGGGCAGUUGCCCGGGUGUACCACCUGCUUACCGAGGAGAACCUGUGCCCGGCCACGAUGCGGGACCUGGCCUACCAGGCGGCCCUCCGGACCUUCAGCUCUAGGGAUGACCACCGGCUGGCCGAGCUCCAGGGAGAGGCCCGGGACCGGUGUGGGUGGGGCAUCGUCGGGGACCCGGGGAGCUUCCAGCCCCUUCACUCCGAUCUGGGCUGCCUCCCAGCAUCCUCAGUGUCACCCUCAGGCGCCCGCAGCCUUCCAAAGCCCAUAGAGGACCCCUCGGCCUGGAGCCGAGGCCGUUCCCUGAGAUCCACCGGCAGCCCAGCCUCCCUGGCCAGCAAUCUGGAAAUCAGCGAGUCGCCCACCAUGCCCUUUCUCAGCCGUCACCGCAGCUGCCAUGAACCCAGCAAGCUGUGCGACGAGCCCCAGGCCAGCCUGGUGCCCGAGCCUGCCCCCACGGGCUGCCAGGAGCCUGAGGAGGUGAGCUGGCCACCAUCAGAAGAGACUGCCAGCCCCCCACCGCUACCAAACAGCCCAGUCCCCACGCCGCCUCCUGACGUGGUCCCAGAUGCAAGCCUCAGUGACCAGCUCGACCCCCCCAAAGCGGGGCAGAUGGGCACCCACUACCCCGUGGAAUGCACUGAAAUGUUGGCAGCCCCCAGCUCUCUGUCCUUGCCCUCUGGAAAUGCUCGCCCUGUCAAGGACCAGACCCCACUCCCACUUCCUGUAGAAGACACCGCUUCCCAGUUGCCCAACCCCAGCCCACCUCCUCCCUCAGCCCUGAGGACGUCCCCUCCCUGCCCUUUUCCAUCCACCUCUCCUUCCACUGGCCCGGUCCCCUCGCACCCCUGUCCACCUUCUCCAAAUUCUCCCGAAUUGGAGUCGGAACAGAAAUUCUAUAACUUUGUGAUCCUGCACGCGGCGGCGGACGAGCACAUCGCCCUGCGGGUCCGGGAGCGGCUGGAGGCCCUGGGCGUCCCCGACGGUGCCACCUUCUGCGAGGACUUCCAGGUGCCCGGGCGGGGCGAGCUGCGCUGCCUGCAGGACGCCAUCAACCACUCGGCCUUCACCAUCCUGCUGCUCACCCCCAACCUCGACUGCCGCCUGGGCCUGCAUCAGGUGAGCCAGUCGCUGAUGAGCAGCCUCACGCGGCACGGGUGGCAAGACUGCGUGAUCCCCUUCCUGCCCCUGGAGAGCUCCCAGGCCCAGCUCAGCCGGGACACGUGCAGCCUGCUCAGCAGCCUGGUGUGGCUGGACGAGCACUCCCGGGUCUUCGCCAGGAGGGUGGUCAACACGUUCAAGGCGCAGCAGCUGCGAGCCCGCAAGGCCCAGUGGAAGAAGGAACAGGACAUCCGGGCCCUGCAGCAGCAGCGCCAGCACCUGGAGGGUGAGCGGCAGCAGGUGGCCUCGCUGAGCGCCGCCUACUCCGCCUACCUCCAGAGCUGCUCGUCGUGGCAGGCGCAGAUGGAGGCGCUCCGGGCGGCCUUCGGGAGCCACAUGCCAUUUGGGGCUCAGGGGCCCUACGGGGGCCCGGGGCCUCUGGGGGCCCCCCCGCCCCUCCCCUCCUGGUUGGGCCACCAGCCUCCCGCCGCGCCGCCGUGGCUGGCCGGCUCGCCCGCGCCCGCCUUCCCGCCCGCGCCCGCCUUCCCGCAGCCCCCCGCCUUCUCGCCGCCCCCCGCGCCCCCGCAGAGCCCGGGGCUGCAGCCCCUCAUCAUCCACCACGCGCAGAUGGUGCAGCUGGGCGUCAACAACCACAUGUGGAACCAGCGAGGGACCCAGGCGCCCGAGGACGAGACGCAAGGAGCAGAGUGACCGAGGACCCGGGGCUUGGGGUCACCCCCAGCCUUCCCGGGGGCGGGGGGAGGGGGGAAUCCCAGGGCGGUGACGUCACCCGGAGGACUCGCUGGCGCGCAGGGGGGCCGGGAGCCGAUGCGGCGCUCGUGCGUUCUCAGCUGGGCGGGGGUGGCGGCGAGCGGGCCCGGGCCGUGGGGACUGUGUUUUAACUAUAAUAAAUAUUUAUUGAAUGUU